AAAAAAUAUAAAUGUAAAUAAUUUUAACUUAUGAAUAAAAGAAUUAAGUGUUAUCAUAUGAAACAAAUUCAAAAUCUUAAGUGCACCUAUAAUAAUCAAAAGUGAAUUCAAAAGAAAAUUUGAAAAUUGUAGUAAUAAUAAUAAUAAUUCUUAAACAAAUUUAAAUGAUAGUGAGUGUAAAAAUAUCUAUGCUGUUUAAUGAGCUAACACAUAUUGGAUUAAAAAUUAGAUAAACAGAAUAUCGUUUGAAUGAAUUCGUGAUGAUGGAUCCCCGACUUUUCCUUUUAGUUAUCAUAUCGAUAUGUCAGCAAAAAACCAUUUCUGCCGAAUAUCAGCAAAGUUUGGCUUUUACGGACAUCCUGCCGGAGGACACAAAACGAUAUGAUAAAAUGAGACCUCCCAAAAAGGAUGGCCAGGCAACAAUUGUUUUCUUUCACGUAACAGUUAUGGGCUUAGAUUCAAUUGAUGAAAACUCCAUGACCUAUGUUGCUGAUGUCUUCUUUGCCCAAACCUGGAAGGAUCAUCGAUUAAGACUUCCCGAGAACAUGACUACCGAAUAUCGUUUGUUAGAAGUUGACUGGCUCAAGAAUAUGUGGCGUCCUGAUUCGUUUUUUAAAAACGCUAAAUCUGUCACCUUUCAAACAAUGACAAUUCCUAAUCAUUAUAUGUGGUUGUAUAGAGAUAAAACAAUUCUGUAUAUGGUAAAGUUGACUCUUAAAUUAUCAUGCAUCAUGAAUUUUGCCAUAUAUCCUCAUGAUACACAAGAAUGUAAGCUUCAAAUGGAAAGCCUUUCACAUACAACAGAUGAUAUGAUCUUUCAGUGGGAUCCAACAACUCCGUUAGUUGUCGACGAAAAUAUCGAGUUGCCACAAGUAGCACUAAUUCAUAAUGUCACAGCGGAUUGUACCCAAGUUUAUUCGACUGGCAACUUCACCUGCUUAGAAGUUAUAUUUACACUUAAGCGUCGUUUAGUUUACUAUGUUUUCAAUACAUACAUUCCAACUUGCAUGAUUGUUAUUAUGUCCUGGGUAUCGUUUUGGAUUAAGCCAGAGGCAGCUCCAGCUCGUGUGACAUUGGGUGUUACUUCACUGCUUACACUUUCAACGCAACAUGCGAAAUCGCAAGCUUCGCUGCCGCCUGUGUCGUAUUUAAAGGCUGUGGAUGCAUUCAUGUCAGUGUGUACGGUUUUCGUGUUCAUGGCUCUCAUGGAAUAUUGCUUGAUAAAUAUUGUUUUGAGUGAUACUCCAAUACCAAAGCCUAUUGCCUAUCCACCCAAACCAGUUCCGGAAGCAGCACCAAAAAAGGAGGAACCACCUCCACGUCCAAAGGACGAAAAAAUCGAGAAAAUAGAAAAAAUAUUUGAUGAAAUGACAAAGCGAAAGUCCGUAAAUGUUCGUCGCAUCCCUCGCCCUGAUACAUCCGAUGGACCUUGGAUUCCUCGACAGGAGAGUCGCAUAAUAUUAACACCUGGUAUCAUUGCACCUCCUCCACCACCACCACCGGAAGAAAAACCAAAGCUUACCCCGCAACAAGAACGCCUCAAACGCGCCAUCUACAUUGAUCGAACUGCAAGAGUACUAUUUCCAGCACUAUUUGCGUUUCUCAAUAUAACUUAUUGGAUAGUGUUUUACGAAUACUUAUAAGCUAAACAAAUUAAAAAGAUACAAAAAACAAAACAAGAACGCAUCAAUAUAUUAAGACAUAAAAAUAAAUGUUAAAUAAUUAUAAUUUAAAAAUAA